UUGGCGCCGGCGGCUUCACGCGGGACCAUGUGACCCUCCCAGACUCCGCCCCCGCCCUCUCCGGGAAGGCCCGGCUAAAAGCCCAGCCGCUGGGCGGUGGGCAGCCAGGCCAGCAUGUCCCCAAAGCUGAGCGCGUGCUGGGUGGCGCUGGGUCCGCUGCUGUGCAGCUGGGCGCUGGCGCUGCAGGGCGGGAUGCUCUUCCCCCAGGAGAGCCCGUCUCGGGAGCUCAAGGCGCUGGACGGACUGUGGCGCUUCCGCGCCGACUUCUCCGACAACCGGCUGCAGGGAUUCGAACAGCAGUGGUACCGGCAGCCGCUGCGGGAGUCGGGCCCAACCUUGGACAUGCCGGUCCCUUCCAGCUUCAAUGACAUCACCCAAGAGGCGCGGCUUCGGAACUUUAUUGGCUGGGUGUGGUAUGAACGGGAGGCGAUCCUGCCACAGCGAUGGACCCAAGACCCCGAAAUGAGAGUGGUGCUGAGGAUCAACAGUGCCCAUUACUAUGCUGUUGUGUGGGUGAAUGGGAUUCACGUGAUGGAACAUGAGGGGGGUCACCUCCCCUUCGAAGCUGACAUCAGCAAGCUGGUCCAGACUGGGCCGCUGACCACCUGCCGGAUCACCAUCGCCAUCAACAACACACUGACUCCUCAGACCCUGCCACCGGGGUCCAUCGUCUACAAGGCCGAUACCUCCAUGUAUCCCAAGGGUUACUUUGUCCAGGACACAAGCUUCGACUUCUUCAACUAUGCGGGACUGCAUCGGUCCGUGGUCCUCUACACCACCCCCACCACCUACAUCGAUGAUAUCACCGUGACCACUGGUGUGGAGCAAGAUAUCGGGCUGGUGAACUACUGGAUUUCCGUCCACGGCAACGAUCAUUUUGAGCUAGAAGUGCGUCUUUUGGAUGAGGAUGGCAAAGUCGUGGCCCAGGAAACGGGGCACCAGGGUCAACUUAAGGUGCCCGGUGCCAACCUCUGGUGGCCUUACCUGAUGCAUGAGCAUCCAGCCUACCUGUACUCCUUGGAGGUGAGGAUGACGACAGCUGGGCCCAUGUCUGACUUCUACACCCUCCCUGUUGGGAUUCGAACAGUGGUUGUCACCGAGAGCAAGUUCCUCAUAAACGGGAAGCCCUUCUAUUUCCACGGCGUCAACAAGCACGAGGACUCGGAUAUCCGAGGGAAGGGCUUCGACUGGCCACUGCUGAUGAAGGAUUUCAACCUGCUCCACUGGCUUGGUGCCAACUCCUUCCGCACCAGCCACUACCCCUACUCGGAGGAGGUGCUUCAGCUGUGCGAUCGCUACGGAAUUGUGGUCAUCGACGAGUGCCCCGGUGUGGGCAUCGUACUGCCCCAGAGUUUUGGCAAUGAGUCUCUCCGGCACCACCUCGAGGUGAUGGAGGAGCUGGUGCGCAGGGACAAAAAUCACCCUGCGGUCGUGAUGUGGUCUGUGGCCAACGAGCCGUCUUCUGCUCUGAAGCCUGCUGCUUAUUACUUCAAGACGCUGAUCUCCCACACCAAAGCCCUGGACCCCACCCGUCCUGUGACCUUUGUGACCAAGACCAAAUACGAUGCAGACCUGGGGGCCCCCUACGUGGACGUGAUCUGUGUGAACAGCUACUUCUCCUGGUAUCAUGACUAUGGGCAUCUGGAGGUCAUUCAGCCACAGCUCAAGAGCCAGUUUGAGAACUGGUAUAAGACUCACCAAAAGCCGAUUAUCCAGAGCGAAUAUGGAGCCGACACAAUCGCAGGGUUUCACGAGGAUCCACCUCUCAUGUUCAGUGAGGAGUACCAGAAAGCUCUCCUGGAGAAUUAUCAUUCGGUUUUCGAUCAGAAACGAAAGGAAUAUGUGAUCGGAGAACUCAUCUGGAAUUUUGCUGACUUUAUGACCAACCAGACACCACUUAGAGUAAUUGGGAACAAGAAAGGGAUCUUCACUCGUCAGAGACGUCCCAAAAGUGCCGCAUUUAUUUUGCGAGAGAGAUACUGGAGGAUUGCCAACGAAACCAGGCAGCAUCACCAUUCAGUGCCAAGAACCCAGUGUUUGGGAAGCAGACCAUUCACAUUCUAAAGCUAGAACUACCUCACUGCAGACUCGACCUGUGAUGAAAUGAAAGACGUUCUCAACAGGGCAGGUGUCCCCAGACAGUUCCUGACACCAGAGUUUUUUGACUUCGAAUUUUGUGAUCUGCUAGAAGGGGACAUAAAAAGUGACAAUAAAGUUUUUCUUGUAUGAGAA